AUGUCUCAGGAGAUGAUUCCCGUGAAAUGGCACCAGCCACUGCUUCCGGGCCUUGAAUCUACCUCGCCGACUGUGGAGCUAUCCACACGUCCUCCACCACUUUCAUCGCAUUGGGACAAUGCAACUUCCCCGCUCCUAUUCGCAGCGCAACCGUAUUUGGAGGAUGACGCUGAGAGCCGAUCUCGAGCGAUUUCUAUUCUCUCUGCGGCGUUUCAUCCGAUGAUCAACAUCUUUGUCCACUGUCACCUUGCAACUCGGCAGUCUCAGACCAAGGAACUCCCACCGUGGAUGGUCCUAUUCGGCGUGAUAUACGACAAGUAUAUGGUCGAAAUAAUUGCCUUCUACCCAACUUGGGACGGUAGCUGGCAGCCUCGAGCAUUGACCUCGGGUGACUUGCGAAUGACUCUCUGGAAGGAUUCCCCGCGGGGUCAGUUACCUCUGGUGAUGUGUCUGCGCAAGAUUCAAAACCAUUACACGUCAGUGAUGCGUCAUCUACAGUCGUGGCCCGGCUACGAUGCUGCUGCGCGCAAAUGCUCAAAUCUCCUACCCAUUCCUUCGGAUUUAGCAUAG